GUGAGGGUGUCCCAGUGCCAGUUGAGCGGCGCGAGCUCGAGGGCGAGGCGGGCGUCGAAGUCCCGGAGCCCACGCAGACAGAGGGGCGGAGACUUCGACGUUGUCGGCUCAGCAGCAACGUCGGAGUCGGGGCGGUGUUGAUUCGCGGGCCGCCCGUCGAGGAGCUGCAGGCAUCCGGCGAUCUGCGGCCCGGGCCGCCCGAGGUAGCUGGCGUCGAACAUCGCGAGCCAGCCGCGAAUCACAGCCCCGCUG